CCUCAAAAACCGAUCGGAACGGCAGAAAGCAGCGCGGAAACCGAACCAACGAGGAAGAAACGGAGGUCUCCUCUGUGAACCAACUUCUGCGGCCACGCCCCCCUCUCCGCGUCUGUCCUUACAACCCAAAUAUGGAGAUAAAUGCAGGGAAGCAGAUGGAGAUGUUGAGAGGAGGAACAGUGAUGAUGCUGGGAAGAGGAUGCCGAGGUCGGAGACACCAAAAGAGAAAGAUUAAAGAGGAGGAGGAGCUCUGUGACCUCCGACCUGCAGCCCCCGGCGGAGGGAGAUGGAUGCAGACAGCUGACAGACCGAGGACCUGAGCCGGCGCGCUCCGUGACCUUCCCGUGUGCGACUGACCGACAACAUGGACAACAACACGGACAACCUGUUCCACCCCAGUCUGGAGAAGACCAUCAUGAAGAUGGACCCGGAGGACGGCAAGCAGAUCAUGGAGUACUUCAAGGCCCACGCACUGCUGAGCCGAGAGAAAGCUUUGCUGCAGGCGUCGAUCAGAGAGCAGAAGAAGCUGCUGGUUGAAAACGCCAAACUGAAAAGCGACAUCGAGCAGCUGCGAUCUCAGCUGCAGGACAAGCAGGAGAAGAAACGGCGAGCUGGCAAAGCUUCGCUAUCACAAGCCCCGCCCCCAAACGGCCGUAGCCUGCUAACUGAGCAAUCUUCUCCCAAAACCGCCGACCAACCUCUCAAUCCCUCUUCAUCCGAGGGGAGGGACCGACGGGGGCGGAGACGAAGAGGAGAACGGCGAGCUCCUCCCACCUCUGAGGCCUUCCGCCUGGGGGCGGAGCCCCGCGUGGACGCCUCGCGUCUGGACCUGCGAGUGGGGCGGAUCCUCAGCGUCCGGCCACACCCGCUGAGCGACGUCCUGAGCGUCCAGGAGGUCGACGUGGGAGAAAAUGACCCCCGAAGGGUCGUCAGCAAGCUGGGCGGGGAGACGCACCUGGAGGAGGGCCCCCUGGUGGUGGUUUUGUGCAACGUCAAAGCUUCUAAAUUGAGGGGCGUGGUCUCCCAGGCCCGCCUCCUGUGUUGCUCCGCCUCCGAUGACGAUGUAGAGAUGCUGGUCCCCCCCACUGGCUCCGCCCCAGGCGACAGAGUCACCUUCCUCAGCUACCCUGGUGAACCGGACCGGGAGCUGCAGUCCAAAGAGCGGGUCUGGGAGCUGCUGAAGCCCGACCUGCAGGUGGACUGCAGGGGCGUGGCCAACUACAAAGGCUGUGCGUUCGAGGUGAAGGGGAAGGGGCUGUGCCGUGCCCCCUCCCUCGUCAGCUGUACCAUCAGAUAGAUCCGACCGACGGGGUUCUGGUGCAGAAAUCCUGCAGAACCGGAGGAGAAAAAAACUGCUGAACAUCAGAAAAACGAUUAAAAAAGUGUUUUUGUUGUGUAGAGACGAAUGAACGAGUCUGGUUCAGUUUGGGUCAAAUCUGUCUGAAUGUGAAGCGUUUAAACGAACAGAGAACGGAGACUGAAAUACCAAACAAUUCUGUCAGAAUAAAGACACGUUUAUUUAA